CGCUGCGGGCUUGCAGGCCCAGAGGGGGGGCUCCCGCGGCGGGCUGAGCGAGGCGGCGGCAUGGAGGGGCCCCAGAGCAUCUCCUUGGUGCUGCUGCUUCCUCUGCUGCUGCCCCUGGGCCCAGCCUGGCCUGCAGCUGCCCAACGCUGCCCACCAACAUGCGUUUGUGACAAUCCCAGGCGGCAUGUUGCCUGUCGGCACCAGAACCUCACGGAGGUGCCAGACGCCGUCCCCGAGCUGACUCAGCGGCUGGACCUCCAAGGCAACCUGCUGAAGGUCAUCCCCCCAGCUGCCUUCCGGGACCUGCCCUACCUGACACACCUGGACCUGCGGCACUGCCAGGUGGAGCUGGUGGCCGAGGGCGCCUUCCGGGGCCUGGGCCGCCUGCAGAUCCUCAACCUGGCCUCCAACCGCCUGAGCUCGCUGCCCCAGGAGGCCCUGGACGGGCUGGGCUCCCUGCAGCGGCUGGAGCUGGAGAGGAACGUGCUGGAGGAGCUGCGGCCGGGGACGUUCGGGGCCCUGGGUGCGCUGACCACCCUGAACCUGGCCCACAACGCGCUGGUCUACCUGCCGGCCAUGACCUUCCAGGGGCUGCCGUGCGUGCGCUGGCUGCGCCUGUCCCACAACGCGCUCAGCGUGCUGGACCCCGAGGCCCUGGCUGGCCUGCCCGCCCUGCGCCGGCUCAGCCUCCAGCACAACGAGCUGCAGGCGCUGCCGGGACCGGCCUUGUCCCAGGCCCGGGCGCUGGCCCGGCUCGAGCUGGGCCACAAUCCGUUCACCUACGUGGGCGAGGAGGACGGGCUGGCCCUGCCCGGUCUCCGAGAGCUGACGCUGGAGCACGGCGCCCUGCAGGCCCUGGAUGCAAGGGCCUUCGCCCGCUGCCCGCGCCUGCACACUCUGGACCUCCGCGGGAACCAGCUGGACACCGUGCCGCCGCUGCAGGGCCUGGGGCAGCUGCGCCGGCUGCGGCUGCACGGGAACCCGCUGUGGUGCGGCUGCCGCGCCCGGCCGCUGCUCGAGUGGCUGGCGCGGGCGCGGGUGCGCUCGGACGGCGCGUGCAGGGGGCCGCGGCGCCUCGGCGGGGAGGCCCUGGACGCCCUGCGGCCCUCGGACCUGCGCUGCCCGGGCGGCGCCGAGGAGGAGGAGGAACUGGCCGCUGCGUGGGCCCGCACCCCUCCAGGCGGCCCGGGGCGCGGGGAGGACGGGGCGGCGGCGCCCUGCCCGCCGGGCUGCGUGUGCGCCUCCGAGUCCCGGCACAGCGGCUGCGAGAGCCGGGGCCUGCGGGCCGUGCCCCGCGGCUUCCCCAGCCACACGCAGCUGCUGGACCUGAGGUGGAACCGCUUCCCCUCGGUGCCCCCGGCGGCCUUCCCAGGCCUGGGCGGCCUGGUGUCGCUGCACCUGCAGCACUGCGGCAUCGCCGAGCUGGAGGCGGGCGCCCUGGCGGGGCUGGCCAGCCUCGUCUACCUCUACCUCUCCGACAACCGGCUCACAGGCCUCAGCGCCGCCGCCCUGGAGGGGGCGCCCCGCCUCGCCUACCUGUACCUGGAGCGCAACCGCUUCCAGCGGGUGCCCGGGGCCGCCCUGCGCGCCCUGCCCGGCCUCUUCUCCCUGCACCUGCAGCACAACGCCGUGGAGCGCCUCGAACCCGGGGACCUGGCCGGCUCGCAGGCCUUACGCUGGCUCUACCUGAGCGCCAACCGCAUCUCUCACGUUUCCCCUGGUGCCAUAGGCCCUGCUCCGGACCUGGAGAAGCUGUACCUGGACAGGAACCAGCUGCAGGGGGUGCCCACCAUGGCCCUGGAGGGGCUGCCCACCCUCCUGGAACUGCAACUCUCAGGGAACCCGCUCAGAGCCCUGCCAGAUGGGGCCUUCCGGCCUGUGGGCGGGUCACUGCAGCACCUCUUCCUCAACAGCAGCGGCCUGGAGCAGAUUUCUUCCAGGGCGUUUUCGGGCCUGGGGCCGUGGCUCCAGAGCCUGCACCUGCAGAAGAACCAGCUGCGGGCCAUGCCUGCCCUGCCCCAUCUCAGCCAGCUGGAGCUCAUCGACCUCAGCGGCAAUCCGUUCCACUGUGAUUGCCAGCUGCUCCCGCUGCACAGGUGGCUCAUUGGGCUGAACCUGCGUGUGGGGGCCACCUGUGCCACCCCUCCCAGUGCCCACGGCCAGAGGGUGAAGGCUGUGACUGCGGUCUUUGAAAUGUGCCCAGGCUGGGCUGCCAGGAAGGCCAAGCAGAUGCCCGCUUCCGGACCCAGUGCCAGGAGGACCCCAUGAAGAUCAGAUGGUGGACAGCAGACAAGGUGGGAAAGGAGGUGGGCCGCCUCUGAGCACUGGAGCAGGCCGGCCCUGUCUUGACCCCGCCCGGGAGGCUCUUACUCUCUUCAGGAACAGGAUCCGAUGAGCUCUUCUCUGCAGCCUGCAGGUCAUCCUCC